UAAGAAAAGCGUGCUCGAUUUUUUCAAUACCCGAUUUACUUUUAUUUUACGUCUCCACUACGUAUAAAACGCAUUUAGGAAAAGUGUACAAUGUCAAGAGCUUUUAAAAAACUUUUUAGAAUUUGAUACUUUGUGAAAUUUACUUAGGAAGCGCAUUAUUGAAUUCACGGAUCCUAUACUUUGCAAAACUUUAAAAAACCUUAAACAUUGAGAAAACAAUGACGUCAUCAUUUUCGUUCAUUUCUGAAAAAGUAUACCAGACCUGCAUACUUUAUAAAGUUUUUAAAAACUUGCUUAUCCGAAACAGACCAACACAUAGCCUAUGUUCGACAUAACAAUUAUAUAAACGUAAAUCAAUCUGAGUAGAACUUAUUGAUAAUCUUCAAUUUACAUUUGCAUAAAAAUUUAAACACUACUUUAGACCCAAAAGACGACAGAAGCCAACUCUGUAUUGUUUUUUAUAUGUAUAACAAAAAAAUAUUUUUUCCAAAAGCAAAGUUGUUUUCAUUGCAGGAUAAAUUUGUUUUUUAAAUUUUAACUAAAUUUAUUUAGGUAUCACCAUAUUUCCUCAAAUAUCUUUCUAAGGAAAGUUUGUGUAAUUAAAAUUCCACUGAAAUUUUAGAGAAAAUGUUAUAAACUUUUUGCUACUGUUAAGGAAUUGCAUAAUGAAUUCCUUUGGAAUUACACAUACUUAUUUCUAAAAGCUGUAAAUGAACUCAAAACUUGAAUUCAUUUUCAACAUAUAAAAUAAUGUAAUUUUCUUUAACCAAAGCAUGGCAACAUCCAAGAAUGGAUUAAAAACAUUGUGGGUACCAGGCAAAAAUCCUAACAAAAAAGGUAAAAUCGAAACUACAAAAAAACCAGUGAAUUACAACAAAACACAGAAGAAGAAUGAACAAUGGACCCUAGGUGGACCUAAAUCAAUUGAAACUUUAAUGAUAUGUGAUGCUCAAUUAGAAGUCCUAAAUGGUGUUAUUCCCUCCACAUCUAAAAACAAUUCACACUCCUACAUAGAUAAAAAUAAUUGUUCCAUUGAAAACAAUUUAAAAAAUGACAAGACUAAUUUUGAUGAAACAAAUGAAAUAUGCAGUUGCAGUAUAGAAGAAACAGACGCAAAAGAAGUACUUCCCGAUUGUGAAAAUGAAAAUUCAAAAAAUGAAAGAUACGAGAAAUUAGUUACAUGCUUGUAUUAUACCAUCAAUUUAUGUGAAUGUAGCAUAAGUUAAGUUUAAGAAAAUGUCCAUAUGUCUAUUUGUAUAUAUAUUUUUCUUGUAUAGUUUACAAGUACAUAAUUCCGUAAUUCGUAUUUAUUUUAAAUAAAACUUUAUACUGAGAAAACCAAGCACAAUCUAAGAAUAAACGAAUAAUAA